AUGGGUCCUAAGGAUUUGGAUGCGUCUCAUACAGCCUCUCCAGAUCAAAAGCCAACCUCAGCCUUCCCGUGGCAGGACCUGAUCCAUGCAAAUGAGGAAAUGGCGACCGAGUAUUGGCGGUAUAACCAUAGUCAACAACGCUCUGGUCCAAAUAACCAGAUGCAUUAUCACGGCCCAACAAGGAUGGUGGCUGGAAAAAUGUUUGAAAUAGCAGAUGAGCUGAUGGCCUACAGUGUAAAUAUCUGCAGUUUACAAGAAAUUAGGUGGAAGGAUCAAGGUGAAGUUAGAAAAAGAAAUUAUUCUAUAUAUUUGAGUGGAAAUAAACAAACAGGAUAUGGUGGAACGGGCUUCUACAUAGACAAAAAGACUAGGGAAUCUGUAAUACUAUUUGAACCAAUUAAUGAUAGAAUGUGUUAUAUAAAAUUAAAGGGCCGUUUUCAAAAUAUAUCAAUUGUGUCAGUAUAUGCACCCAAAAAUGAUACUAACGACGAAAUCAAAGAUGAAUUUUACGAUAAACUUGACACGCUUUGCAGCAAAAUAAGUAGGAAUGACUUGAUAAUAAUUAUGGGUGAUUUUAACGCAAAAAUAGGGAGAGAAGAUUUUGUGCAGUACAUAGGUGGUAGACAUUCGUUGCAUAAAGAAACAAAUGAGAAUGGAAUGAGAAUUUGCAAUUUCGCAAUGAGUAAUAGACUACAUAUUAGUAGUAUCUCUUUUCCCCAUAAGAAUAUACAUAAACAUACCUGGAAAAUUCCAGGACGGCGUGGCUGCAAUCAAAUUGACCAUGUUUUGGUGGAUAAGAGACAUGCAACAUCAAUAACGGAUGUCAGCGAUUUCCGUAGAAUUAAUUGGAAUUCUGAUAGACUUAUCAGGGAUGAUAUCACCUGCAAGAAGUAUCAACAGAAAAUUGUCGAAAAAUUGAAUAUGGUUAGAGAUGGCGAAAACAUGGACCCAACAGCCUGGAAUAGUAUAAGCAAAGCAGUAAAGGAGGCUGCAGAGGAUGUUAUAGGUAAAAAACAAUGCAAAAGAAAUGAAUGGUAUGACGAAGAAUGUCGAAAAUUUAACGAUGAAAAGAACAAAGCAAGAAAGAAAUUACUGGAGCGUCCAACUAGACAAAAUGAAGUCGAGUACAAAGAAAAGAGAAAGCUGGCAAAAAAAGUAAUGCGAACAAAGAAAAAAGAGGCCAUAAAAGUAGAGAUUCGCAAAAUAGAAGAGAACCACGACAAGAAGAAUAUUAGAAAUAUGUACAGCAGUAUUAAAAAACAAACUUCCACAUAUCAGCCUAGAUGGAAAGAACAUUUUGACGAGCUUCUAAAUAGACAGGUUAAUGAAAAUUGUGUCGACGAUAAUAAUGAAAUCCUGUACUAUGCUGAAAACAUCGUACAACAUCCAACUUUGGUUGAAACAAAGGAAGCCAUAAAGAAGCUUAAAAAUGGAAAAGCAGGAGGUGAGGACAAUCUCACGGCAGAGCUGAUCAAAUACGGUGGAGAAGAGCUUCAUAAACAACUACAUGAACUAAUACUAAGUAUAUGGAAUACAGAAACGUUGCCAACGGAAUGGAUGGAUAGUAUCAUAUUUCCGAUUCACAAAAAGGGGGACAAAACUGAUUGCAACAAUUAUCGGGGAAUAUCACUACUGAAUAUAGGUUAUAAGAUUUUUACAAAUAUUGUGUAUCAAAGGGUUAGUAGUUUUUCGGAAGAAAUCGUUGGAGAUUAUCAGGCGGGCUUUCGAAAAGACAGAUCCACAUCGGACCAGUGUUUUAUUUUAAGCCAAAUUUUCGAGAAGGCACAUGAGUAUUCUAUGGAUAUUCAUUGUUUAUUUAUUGAUUUUAAACAAGCGUUCGACAGUCUAGACAGAUCAACAAUAGAAAGAGAAGGCACAUGA